GUAAAAGUUCUAUUGAUACAACAACGAUACACGAAGUUGGUUUAGGACAGAUUGAAUAUCUGGAACGGCCUCAUCACCAAGAACCUCACUACCUGAUCGAAGAAUUUUCUAAGUCCAAACCUAUUUUCACUCACCCUCUUCACGAUCCUAAACCUUUAAGGGAAGGAGAACGAGUUCAUUUAGAAUGUCGUCUAGAACCCGCCAAUGACACUACUAUGAAAGUUGAAUGGUUCUUUAAUGGAAAACCUCUAAAAUCAGGUAGUCGAUUCCAUACACGCUAUGAAUUUGGUUUUGUUGCCCUGGACAUCUUGACAGUGUACCCGGAAGAUACCGGGGAGUACACCGUGAGAGCAACCAACCAUCUGGGAUCUUCUCAUACAAGUGCUAAUGUGAAAAUCAUUG